CUUCUAGUUUCAGCUAGCAUGCAUGCAGAUCCUCCAAAGGCCAUGGUGUUCCUGGACUCUAUUUAUGACAGGGUGCUGAAGGAUGACUGUGUGAAUCUGAGGUGCCAGGGGCCUGGCUCCCCUGACAGCAGCCCCACGAAGUGGUUACACAAUGGCAGCACCAAGUCCAUCACGUCCUCCAACUACUCCUUCACAGUGACUGGUGUUGAUGACAGUGGAGAAUAUAAGUGUCAGAAUGGUCUCUUCUCACUCAGCGAACCCAUGCGCUUGCAAGUCUAUACUGACUGGUUGGUGCUCCAGUCUCGUAAGUGGACAUUCCAGGAGGGGGAGACCAUUCAACUAAAAUGCCACAGCUGGAGGAACAGGAGCAUGACCAAGGUCUCAUAUUUACAGAAUGGCAAAGUCCUUAAAUAUUCUCAUUAUAAUUCUGACUUGACCAUUCCAAAUGCAAGAAGAGAACACACGGGAUCCUAUUACUGCAGAGGGCUUUACAGAAAUCAAAGAAACGUGUCUUCAGCAUCAGCCAAAAUAACUGUUACAGCUACCGUUGUUUCUCCCAUUCUUUCUUGGCUACAAAUCACUUUCUACCUGGUGAUGGGACUCCUGUUUGUAGUGGACAUGGGACUCUAUUUCUUUGCCCGGAGAGACCUUCGCAGCCUAGUGAAGAACAGGAGGAACUUCACCUUCAAAUGGACCCACGACUCUUAUGAUCCCUGA